UGGACGACCGUCUUCAGCCUACACUUUAUUCGACUGUGACUUGAGAUUCCUGCGAAGCAAUUGGGCUUCAACUCCCGACUGAGGAGGCGGAGUCUUAACUUAUUAAAAGGAACUUGCCGAGGCUCGGACGCCUGCAAAUAUGAUGAUGAUGUCUCUGAACAGCAAGCAGGCUUUUGCCAUGGCUCACACCAGCUUGCCCGAACCCAAGUACUCGUUGCAUUCCUCAUCCUCCACUUCCAAUGCACCCUCGUCCUCCUGCUCGUCCUCCCGACACAGCAGCACCAUCAUCAGCAGCAGCGGCAGCAGCAGCUCGGAGGCGAUGCGCAGAGCCUGUCUCCCAACCCCACCGAGCAAUAUAUUCGGAGGCUUGGAUGAGAGUUUGUUGGCCCGGGCUGAAGCUCUAGCGGCGGUGGAUAUAGUCUCGCAGACCAAGAGCCACCACCACCCUCCACAUCACAGUCCCUUCAAGCCGGACGCAACCUACCACACCAUGAACACUCUCCCCUGCACCUCGUCUUCCUCCUCCUCCUCCUCGGUGCCUAUUUCUCAUCCGUCCGCCUUGGCUGGCCACCACCAUCACCACCACCAUCACCACCACCACCAGCCUCACCAGGCACUGGAGGGGGACCUGCUGGACCACAUCACCCCGGGACUGGCACUAGGAGCCAUGGCUGGGCCGGAUGGCUCGGUGGUUUCCACGCCUGCGCACCCUGCCCACAUGGCGGGCAUGAACCACAUGCACCAGGCAGCCAUCAACAUGGCUCAUGCCCACGGGCUACCGCCGCACAUGGGCAUGAGCGACGUGGACGCCGAUCCAAGGGACUUGGAAGCCUUCGCGGAGAGGUUUAAGCAGAGACGGAUCAAACUCGGGGUUACCCAGGCGGAUGUAGGGUCAGCUUUAGCCAGCCUGAAGAUUCCUGGGGUGGGCUCCCUCAGCCAAAGCACCAUCUGCCGAUUCGAGUCCCUCACGCUCUCUCACAACAACAUGAUUGCUUUGAAGCCCAUCCUGCAAGCGUGGCUAGAAGAAGCCGAGAAAUCACACAGGGAGAAACUUAAUAAACCCGAGUUGUUCAACGGCGCGGAGAAAAAGAGAAAGCGCACGUCGAUAGCCGCGCCAGAGAAGAGAUCACUGGAGGCCUAUUUUGCCAUUCAGCCGCGUCCCUCCUCGGAGAAAAUCGCUGCAAUCGCAGAAAAGCUGGACCUCAAAAAGAACGUGGUGCGGGUCUGGUUUUGCAACCAGCGACAGAAACAGAAACGAAUGAAAUACUCUGCAUGCGUCUAAAAAAUCGCUUUAAACCACCACCCACCAAAAGACUUGGAACUGUUUAGAGACGAUUUGUAUCAUAUUUCCUAUCUCACACCUUUUUUUCAAUCAUCGAUGACUUUGUGCUUUGAACUUCGAAAAAUUCCUAAAACUGAACAAUGACUGAAAAACUCGAAAAACACCCACAGUCACGUCUUUUAACGCGCUAAGGGAGACGUGGAGUCAAGUAAAGCAUCGUUUGACAGAGCAAGUAAGAACCACUGUUUCCACACUUACUAUGCUUCACCUUUUUAAUGUCAACGCAGUAUGACUUACAGGACUCUAUGCUUUUAAUUUUUAUUUAUGAUUAAUUUCCAAUGAGGAAUAUUUAGUUUGCAUUAGCAGAAGUGCCCCAAUGAAAAUAGCAUUAUUUACACACAGCGGGGCUAGUUUAACUCAAAGCACUUGGUUGGUGACUAUUGGUGUUUAUAUUUUUUGGCUUAUAGGAUAAGCUACAUUUUCCCUCUGAGUUCAUGACGAUGCAGUCUGACAUUUAUUCAGGGUCCAUGAGGGGAUUAAGAGGAUAACACACUACUUGGUCUCGAAAGCUAAUAUUAGAUUACUGCCAAAUAUCCCUCUGUAAAUUAAUAAUUUACUUGUC